AUGGUGCGGUUAAAGUUAGACGGAUGCUGGGUGAAGUGGGCAUCUAAAAGUAGGCAUCGGAAGAAUUGUUCGCUGUCCACAUGUAACAACAAAAAAAGGCUUGACAUUCUUCGGCGGACAGCCGACCUGGGGAUGAUUUCCUACGACGCUACUCCGACGUGUGAUGUAUACGACAGCCGCGCAUCGGAGUCGUGUUCGGGCUCUGAGGACGAGCAGGCGGCCAUGUCCGAGGACGAAGACGGCGCCUUUGACGAGACGGGGCGGAUCGGCAACACCGACUGGUGCCAGUGCGGAUGUUGCGCGCAGAUGCCGACAGCUGAGGUGUGCGUCUGCUGCCACGAGUACCCCGCCGCCGCGUCGAGGCAACCUGGCUGCCUAACAAGCAACCCGGAUUUCGAGACGGUGUGCUUGAAUUCGGGGGUGCUCGAGGUCGCCUACUUCAUGAUGCGCCACUACCGCCAGGACGGAAUGGGCACAACAGCGCACGAGUGA